AUGGCAUUGCAGGUUUUUUGCUCCGGGACUCCUUACGAGAUCGGCCAGCACCACGGCCGGAAAGCGCACGCCCAGGUCCGCAGCUCUCUCUCCUUCUACACAGGCCUCUUUGCCAAGGCGUGCUCGCUGUCAUGGCUCGGAGUGCGAGGCGAGGCGCAGAGCUACCUGGAGCACCUGGAGCGCUCGUGUCCGCGGUAUGUGGAAGAGAUGCGCGGCGUAGCGGAUGGUGUAAAUGCUGCCUCUGCGGGCGAUCAGAACGGAGCCCACGACAACGCCCUCGAUCUGCUGGACAUCGUGGCGCUCAACGUUCGGAGCGAGAUCGUAUUCGGCCUUUUCACAGACCACAGCAACGGCGUCAACGGCAAGGGACGGGUUCAGGAUCCGCCCAUGGACGGGUGCACGAGCGUCGGCCUCGUCGCUGGAGACGAUGCAGCACCGGGUCACACAUAUCUGGCGCAGAACUGGGACUGGUUCGUCGGACAACGGGAGAACCUCAUCGUCUUGCACAUCUCGUCAAGUAACAGCGAGAAAAGCUUGCCAGACAUCAUCAUGGUCACGGAGGCCGGCAUUAUCGGCAAAAUCGGCUUCAACUCUGCCGGCGUGGGCAUCUGCCAAAAUGCAAUCCGGGCUCGUGGAGUCGAUGUUGCGAGCGGACGGUUGCCCGUGCAUCUGGCCAUGCGCAGGGUGCUCGAGAGCUGGUCAUGCUCCGAAGCUGUGCAGGCGCUGACAGCAACGGGUGUGGCAGGGAGCGUGUAUCUCCUCGUUGGCGAUGGUCACGACGAGAGCAGAAGAGUAAGUGGCAUAGAGUGCACAAGCACCAGCGUCAAGGAGAUAGGACUGUCUCCCCCCUCUCCAGACAGCGCAGUCAACAUGCUUGCGCACACGAACCACCUCUUACUCGAGCACGCGGGUGUCGACGAGCCGUCGUGGCUGGCGGACUCUGACCCACGAGUACAGAGGAUCCAGAGACUCGUGGACCAAAUGCACAAGCAAGGUCAGAAGACUCAAGCGAAGCAGUACUCGGAAAAGCUGUUUGAGCUUUUCAAGGACGAGGAGGGUUAUCCCAUGUCUAUCAACCGCCGCGAGAUUGGCCAGAGCACUUCUGAGACACUGUUCACGAUUGUCAUGGACUUGACGGCCAAGAAGGCGCUCGUGACAUUUGGCCGGCCGUCGGCGUUCGUGGACAGAGUCGACUUGGCUUUCUGA